CUAGAACUAAUAUGGGGUGCAGCUUUAUCUCAGAAUUAAUGCAAAUGGAGUGUUCUGAUAUAAAAGAUACAGUUUUAUAUGAAGUACUGAAACCUAUACAACAUAUAACGAUUCGUUGGAUGGCUGAUGGUAUUCUAGAAGAAAAUAAUGAUGAUUUUUUCAUAGUUCAUGAACCUUCAGUUGAUGACUGGUUUUCUGACGAGAUUAUUUUUAGCAAAACAAAUAAACUUGAUUUUCUCGGAAAAACAAAGCUAGACGACAUUUAUAAUAUAGGUAGGCAUAUACGCUUGUUAUUGAAACAUAAGGUAUCUAAACGAUUUAAUGACAAAAUUACAUUAUUACGGGAUCACAUACAACGUACAUUAAUUGAUCAAAAAGAAUCAUUAUUACUCAAAUUGUCCGAAGAUUUAACUUCAAUUCAAGCUCAAACUUCAAUAUUGCUUUUGGAAAUGUUUGUAAAUGAAUUUAAUUUGUUUAUGUACUUCGAAGGCCUCAAGAAUUAUAUGCUAUUCGGUAGAGGAGACUUUUAUGCUUAUGUGGUUUAUAAAUUAGAUGCUUUUUUUGAAAAACAUGCAAUUCACAAUUACCAAUUAAAAGGUAUAGUUGAAGAUGCAUACGAAUUAACAUCAGCCGCAAAUGAUAGCAUAAAAAUAUUCGAUUGCUUAAAGUACAAGACUGUUUUAGGAGGUUCAAUAUUAGAUUGGCAUAGUCUAAAGUUUGAAUAUAUUAUCCAUGAACCUUUAACUAAAUUAUUUAGUCCAUGCAUAAACAUUUACGGUGAUAUUUUUGAGUUUCUUUGGCGGCUUAAAGAAAUUGAUUAUACUAUCGUAAAAUUUUGGUAUAAAUUUACACUUUUUACCAAAAAAAUUCAUAUUGGUUCUAAAUUGAAGCCAGUUUUGAGAAAUGUAAAUGCACUUUUAUUUAACAUGAUAAACUGUAUUCAUGAAAUUCAAAACUUCACAUUCGAAAUUAUUAAUGAAAAAUGGAAAAUAUUUCAAAAAAUAAUAAAAAAUGCUGAUUCAGUAGAAACUAUUAUGGAAGAACAUAAAAUAUUUUUAAAUACGUUGAUUAAAUUUUUGCUUGAUGCUUCAUUAAAAAAUUACGUUGAGUCAUUUCAAAGGAAUGUUAAAAGAAUGGUUGUUAUUCAAAAUUUUACUACACUGUUUGAUAAUAAUGGAAUAAAUAGUCAGUAUGAUAGCUUUGUGGAGAAAUUCCUGAGAGUUCAAAAAAAUUAUAAGGUGGAUCUUGAUUCUUUUUUACUGAAGCUAAUUAAUAACGAAGAACAAUUUUUAGGUACUCUAGCUAUGAGAAUCGAUUUCAAUGAUUAUUAUCUUUCUAAUACAACCUGUGUGUACAGAGCUGCACCAUGUAUUAUAGUUAGUUGA